AUGGCUCUACCUGGAUUCGCUGCUCAUUUGCGUUUGCAAAGAACGAGGUUUGCUCCGUUGCACAAGCAAUCAACCGACCGAAUUGAUGGAAUAACAUACCGGAGCAAACCUCGUUCUUUGCAAACGCAAAUGAGCAGCGAAUCCAGACUAGAUGACCAUACAGAAGAUUGGAUGAUCAAGGUCCGUGUUUGUAGAAAAUGGGAGUCAGUCAACACGAAGGACGGGAAUUUGAUAAGCCUUGAUAUGAUACUCAUUGAUGAGAAGGAGAAUCUUAUGCAUGCUUCUGUGCGCAAGCAUUUGGUUCCUCGCUAUGCGGAUCGUGUGCUUGAGGGGAGGGUAUAUAGCCUCAGGAAUUUGAAGGUCACAACAAACAUGUACCCGUACAGGCCUCUUGCAAGCGAUGUCAAACUCCUUUUUCUCGCAACAACUGCUGUCCAAGAAUUGCAGGAGAGUGAUGUUAGCAUCGGGCGAUAUGGCUUUGAAUUUGUGAAUCAGACUGUGCUGCAAAGUCGAGCUAAUGACCCAACUGUCCUCUCAGAUAUUGUAGGUUGCUUUACUGGUUUUGAGGGGAUUGAAACUGUUAGGAGCGGCUCCAAAAAAAGGGAUAUCCAGAUUUUAACAGACUAUUCGGUCAAUAGCACAGUCACUCUCUGGGGAAAACUUGGGGAAGAAUUUGAUCCUGCCUUGUACACACAGGAUUCCGGCCCUUAUGUUAUCGUGGUCUCUUCAGUGACAGUUAAACGCUUUCGUCAAGGUUCACUCACUUUUUCUACAACUAGCGCUAGCAAGGUCUACAUAAACCCAGAGGUUGACCACGUUACCUCCAUAAAGGAGCGAUUUUCCGCGCUCUCAAUUCAAGCUAAACCUAUUCAGGGCACCUCUGCUGCAAAGUUAACCCCUGAGGAAGAAAUGUUUAUCAACCGUAUGACUGUGGAUGCACUUGUGAAGGCUACUGGCGCAGGAGAGAUGAAGGAAUCUGUUGUCACCUUGAAGGCGACGAUAACAGGCAUAAAUUCUGGCCAGGGCUGGUACUAUAUUGCUUGCAGAUCAUGUGUGAAAAAAGCUGAAUUCGAAAAUGGGGUUUAUGUCUGUCGUUCUUGUGGGACACUAGAAUACCCUCUCGCUCUGUAUCGUGUCAAAGCUGAGGUACAGGAUCGUACUGGUACUACAACUGUGGUCAUGUUCAAUUAUCCUGCCGAAAAUUUGCUAGACACAUCAGCGAAGAAGCUGCUAGGAAAAAUGAAGCCUGGUGAUGACUCAGUUCCCAAAGAGCUGAAUACCCUGUUAGGCAAAGAAUUGGUCUUCAAGCUCAAACUGGACAAGUAUAAUUUGAUUGAGGGUCUCCAGGAUUACAGAGUCUCGACAGUUUUCACCCCAGUGGAGGGAUUAGAGGCUGUGUAUGCACAAAAAGAGGCUAGAAAAGAAAAUGCUUGUCAGUCAGGCCCUGCAACUAGUAGCAAUACUGUGCUGACAACCGAGGAUAAAAAGAAAAGGAAGCGAUCCUCCUGUGAAGAAGAUGCAUCCCAGGAACUUGGUGAAGAUGGAAGCCAGGAACUCAAUGAAGCCCAAUAA